GCCGUCCAUGUUUGGCUAUUCACAAUUUCUGUGACUCUGGGAUAGCAUCAGCCUCGUGCAUAACAUCCUACUUUUCUGUUUUCCAAACUGCCUCGACAAACCACUUUUGCAAGGAUAAAAUCGAAAGAGGGACCACCAGAGACCCUAGGAAAAUCUGAAAUCCAGUCCUGGUUGGCCGGAACAUCAACUUUGGACGACAUGGAAAAUGGAGAUUCCGAACGCGAUCUGGAGUGGAGAAGAGAUCGUGUGCUUGAUGAAUGGCCAAAAGCUAUGGAGAUCGCGCAGAGCAGACUCUUAACCAGUAGUACAAGGACACGCAUACAAUUUUUACAAGAAGAGUUGCUACCAUUGGCCAAGCAUGGGAACUUGAGUCUAAGCCAGACAAUGGACAUAUUCAAACUAUUAACACAAACGUAUCCACGGUAUGUUGACGCAGCAUCUAGAGAAGCCGUUGAGGCCAUUGGAAUGGAUAUAAUCAAGCGAGAUGAGCUCCGCGGCGACCCCCAUACUUCUCCAGACGAGUGCAAGAUGGGAGUGGCUGAGCAGGUUCUAGGCUGGUUAUCAAAUGAGGUAGGGAGAAUGUCCAAACGCGGGUCUCCCAGUUCGUAUGCUCCUGCCGAUAUAUUUGUGCUGCUCAGCUGGACUUGUGGACUCUAUACCACAUGUCUCCAAUCUAACCCUGACUUUACACAUAUCGGUACCUGGAGGGUACUCGUCGCUAUAAUGGCUGCCCUCGUAGAUAUGCUAAUGAACAAAUCGACUCGGACAAAACCCACGAUGCAGAAGAGUGGUCUUGUACGCUUACGUCGAGCUCUUCGUUCAACACCUGACAGUUUACCUUCGCUAAUAUCGACGGUGAUCGCAGAGGCAAAGUCUAGUCAAACACCACUCGUACAGGUCGCUUUACUCAGUACUGCAAUUGACGUAACAAUUCGUCUAAAAAACGUGAAAGAUGAUUCUUUGACUCGAAUAUCUUCUCAAGCAAAGGAUGAUAUAGUAAAUAUUUAUACUUCUUCCGUGCUCAUGUCUAAGUCUCCAGUGCCAUCGCAUUCUUCUAUUGCAUUGCAUGAUUUCAUACGGACAUCAAUCGGACCAGAAGACUUAGUGCAAACCGUUCUUCCUGCGAUGGAAAAGGCUUUGCUGCGCUCUCCAGAAAAUUCCCUCAGUGUUGUUAGGGACUUUUUCAUUGCAUACACCCACCCUCUGGAAAUCGAUACUUUCAAAAAAGUCGUCUCAUUUGCUUUAAAUGCUGCGAAGUCCAAUAACGCAGUGGUCCGUGGUAAUGCGAUAGAACUUUUCAAGGUUGCAAUGACACAUCAAUCAUCGGAGUCAUACUCGGAGUUUACAGCAACAGAACUAUUGGCGUUACCCAAAGCUGGAAAAACAACUGGUCCAGACCAUCGUGUCGCGUUAUAUUCCAUGCUACAUGCACUCUCACCCUCGAAUGCGAUUUCCUCCAAUAUAGUACAAAUUGUUCCUACGCUGGUGCUGAAAGAAUCACAAGAUGGUGCUAUGGCUAUCUUAGCAUCCACACUACCCUCUCAUCUUGUAUUCCUCCUUCGUUCCGAUAUCGCGGUACCCUCCGAUGUAUCAAGUAUCAUUGCUAAGGAGAUGAAUAAUACAAAACCCGUAAUCCGCCGCGCUUUUUGUUUACUCGCAGGUGCGACACUUUGGGAAAUGGGUGAACUGAGUACAGAUGCCUCCAUUGUAUUCGCCAAGGCCCUCUCCGCAUCUUUCGAGAUCAAUCUCAAGAACGUUGCUACAAAUCCAUUGAAUUCUACUGUAGGACCAUUAGAGGGAUACAUUGCUAUAUUUGCCCUACUUGGUCCUUUCAAGCGUUCUGGAAGUUUUGAUGAUAUCGUCUCACGCAAUACCAGCGCUCAGUCACUGACUGGUACCCCUACGAAGCCAUCCUUCCUCCUAUGGGAUAAGGUUUAUCAGAAGGUCAACGAUCCUGAAGACGAAAACUGGCUAUUACGAGCUGCAAACGUAGCGCUAUUUUCCUUGAAAGCCGACCUAUCCAAGAACGAACAAUCGCGCACUCAAAUCGGUUCUGUAUAUCUUCAUCUUGCUGUCGAGAGUCAAUCUCUUCAGGUCAGGAGGGAUACCCUGGGCGUUUUAGAGGCGGCAGUGACACGCCAACCUCAGCUUGUCAAUCUUAUCCUUCGGGAAGCUCUCUCCGCAUCUUUUACCCGAGAUAAGCUACUUCCUUCAAAGAGCACUAUCAGCACUACCGAAGAGCAAGAUCAGCCUAUCGCUCCCAACCAGCGACAAUUUGCUAGUCUUCUCCUUUGUUGUGCCUCCCUGAAUGAACAGGUUGACCUUGCUGUAAGGGAGACCUUAUUGGUGGAAUUGAUCGCUUUAGGUCAUCAUCCAUUAAUAAGCGGACAGUCUCGACAGUUAUGGAUUGAGCUAUGCCAGAAAGCCCAUGUUGAUCCUUAUGACCUUGUCGGCAGGAAUAUAGAUAACAUUUUCAAGAUUAUUCUUACUGCGUCCACAGUAGAACCGAGGUACGGUUUCACAGAGGCAAGCUAUCGAGCCGUGAGUACUCUUGCGUUCGUUAACCCUGGAAAAGCACUCCCUCGACUCGUGGAGCAAUUGCGAGUGGAUAUUGAUGCGGAAACGAUCAACGGGCUAACGGAAUCUGACUUUGGUAUCUGGACAACACCAGAAGGCACCACUUAUGUUGAUGUUUUGUCGUCGAAGAAAGUAAAUGAAGGGCCCAAAAAGGGUAAAGAUGCGGAUAUUGCCAAAUGGGAGGCUGAACUUCGAAAGUCUUUGGCCAGCAAGAAGACCUCGGCGGCAACUUUGUCGAAACAAGAACAGGCUCUCGUUCAAGCCCAAUUGACUAGAGAAGCUGCUGUCCGUCAGCGAGUCACCAGUAUCAAAGCUAAUUUACAGCGUGGAUUGGCUUUCAUCGGAAGCCUCAUUUCCAGCUUGGUCCCAGAGUUCCGUCACUAUAUUUCAAGCAUCAUUUCGUUAUUACUGGAAGGAGCUUUGAAGAAAGGCCAGAGGUUGUUAGGUUCGGAGGCAUUUCAGACAUAUCUGGAUUUGGGGAAAUGUAGCUCAGACCGCCUCGAGACGUUCCGGAAAUGGAUUGGUGUCGCCACUCUACGAAGUUUGGACAUCGAUGCGGUAGCGGAAGAGUUGCAAGCCGAAUCCCUCGAUCUUUUGAUUAUUCGAGUUCUAUACCGGCUGCGCUCACUUUCUGAGCAAACCGCAUUUGAUGCACCAACCUUUGCUUACAUGUUUCCUUUAUUGGCUCGAAUAUUAUCGAAGGGAGGCGUAAGCGCAACCGAAGAAGAGGAAGCUCUUGAGCAAGUUACCCUGGUGCUGGAUAUUAUCAGGUUUCAUUGUAGCGAAUUUUCCGACCAGUCUUUCCCCCGGAAUGAGACAAUGAAGCUUCUUCUACAUACCAUUAGACAACAACCAAGACUCAGCAAAGAAGCGUCGUCCAUUCUCGUCGGCAUUGGUGAGGCUAUCCAUGCUAACUCUAGCCGAGAGGAGAUAUCUGUUUUGAUAGAUGGGGUUUUACUGCAAGAAGUGUAUGCUCGAAACUCGUGUCUUCAGGCUUUGCAGCCUUUCGACUUGACGGACCUUGAUUGGUCUCCAGAACUUUGGGUUGCUAGCUAUGAUAACGACGAACAAAACGCCAGACUAGCUCGGCAUGUAUUCGAUGACAACGGAUUAGAUGUUCCUGAGUCCUUCCUUACGCAACUCUUGGUUUACUUAGAUCAUGAAAAUGUAUAUGUUCGCACCAGUACUGCUUCAGCUAUCGCAGAGGCCGUCGAACAUUGGCCACAUACAAUUAAGCAUACAGUAGAUGCCUUGCAAGAACUCUAUCGUGAAAAGGCCAAAAUCCUUGCACCCGAAUUUGACGAAUAUGGAAUGGUAAUUGCACAAAGCCUCGAUCGCACAGAUCCUUGGACAGCCCGCCUUGCGAUUGCUCUUACCUUUGAGAAUGUUGCGCCGUCUUUCACCGAAGAUGUGAUUGAGCCAUUCUUCACGUUCUUGAUCAAGCAAGAAGCUUUAGGCGAUCGAACAGCGGAAGUUCGGCGUGGUAUGCUAAAUGCAGGUACUGCUGUAAUUGAUCUUCAUGGUUCCACUCGACUGGCUGGUUUGAUUUCAAUGUUCGAGGAGCAUUUGUCCCAUCCGAGUCCAGCUACGGAGGCCGGUGAUCAGAUCAAGGAGGCGGUCGUGAUCCUCUUUGGCCGUGUUGCAAGACAUCUCGACUCGUCUGAUGCCCGUAUACCAAGCAUUGUGGACAGGCUGGUCGAAGCUUUGAAAACACCUGCAGAGCAAGUGCAGAUGGCGGUAUCUGAUUGCCUAAUUCCUCUGGUUCGUUUGAUGAAGCCACGCCUGUCUCAGCUAGUCGAUCGCCUCUUCGAAGAACUCUUUGAUGGUCCUAAAUAUGCCUCGCGCCGGGGUGCUGCUUAUGGGAUAGCAGGUGUGGUCAAGGGAAUGGGAAUAAAUAGUAUGAAGGAGUUCAAUGUUCUUGACCGCCUACAUGCUGCCACAGAAGACAAAAAAAACUACGAACCCCGCCAGGGUGCUAUGUUUGCUUUUGAGACCUUAUCCAGUACUCUUGGAAGGCUUUUCGAGCCCUACAUUACAACCAUCCUCCCUCUGUUGCUCACUGCAUUUGGCGAUGCGGUAGCCGAUGUUCGAGAAGCCGCUCAAGAUACUGCUCGAAUUAUCAUGGGUAAUAUGUCUGGCUAUGGAGUCAAAUUGAUCCUCCCAUCCUUGCUUUCUGGUCUCGACGAAAAACAAUGGCGUUCGAAGAAAGGCUCAAUCGAGCUUCUGGGCAUGAUGGCAUAUUGUUCACCUAGGCAGCUCUCCCUAUCGCUGCCGAUCGUCAUCCCUCGCCUCACUGGGGUCCUGACUGAUACUCACGCUCAAGUCAAGACAUCUGCUAACCGGAGUCUUAAACAGUUCGGCGAAGUGAUCAGCAAUCCCGAGAUUCAGUCAUUGGUCCCUAUAUUACUCAAAGCACUGGUUGAUCCGGCCAAAACGCCAAAUGCCCUCUCGUCUUUAUUAAAGACGUCAUUUAUGCAUUACAUAGAUCAUUCAUCCUUAGCAUUGGUUGUUCCAAUAUUGGAAAGAGGAUUACGGGAACGAGGUGCAGAUACAAAGAAGAAGGCUGCACAAAUUGUAGGCAACCUCGCGUCCCUAACGGACUCGAAAGAUUUUGUCCCUUACUUAUCUAGCCUGUUGCCCAUGGUCCACACUGUACUCGUCGAUCCAGUCCCUGAAGCGAGAGCAACAGCAGCUAAAGCUUUGGGUACACUUGUAGAGCGGCUCGGUGAAGUUCACUUCCCCGAUUUAGUGCCAGGACUUCUCAGGACACUCAAGACGGAUACAUCUGGUGUUGAUCGCCAGGGUGCAGCUCAGGGUCUCAGCGAAGUUUUAUCAGGUCUUGGGAUGGAGAGGCUCGAAGGACUGCUACCCGAUAUUAUUGCAAACGCUCAGUCGCCUCGCAGUACUGUCAGAGAAGGAUUUAUGUCUCUGCUUGUAUACCUUCCAUCAACCUUUGGUUCUCGAUUCCAGCCUCACUUGCCGAAAAUUAUAUCUCCUAUCCUGAGUGGCCUGUCCGAUACGGAAGAAUAUGUGCGAGAUGCUGCCAUGAGAGCAGGAAGGAUGGUUGUGACGAAUUACUCGAGCAAAGCAAUUGAUCUUCUUUUGCCCGAGCUUGAGCUAGGCAUGUUUGAUCCAGGUUGGCGAAUCAGGCAAUCAUCUAUUACACUUGUUGGAGAGCUACUUUUCAAGGUAUCUGGAAUAAGUGGAAAAGCAGAGAUAGAAGAGGAUGAAGAGGCUGUUGAAGCCCACACAGCGGAAUCAUCCCGUCGUGCACUCACAGAUGUACUUGGAGCCGAACGUCGCGACAGAAUCCUUUCUGCACUCUACCUAGCUAGACAAGAUUCCGUCAAUGUCGUUCGACAAUCUUCGAUACAUAUCUGGAAGGCCCUCGUACACAAUACUCCUCGAACAGUGCGCGAAAUCCUUCCCGAGUUGGUGGGUCAGAUAGUGAAACUGAGCUCCAGUCCCGAAUUCGAACAACAGGAGACUGCAGGACGUACAACGACCGAGCUCUGUCGCAAGUUUGGAGAGAAAAUACUGGGCGAUAUUGUCCCUAUAUUGCGAUCCAAGGCGCCUUCAUCAGAUUCAAGAACCCGGGAAGGAGUUUGCUUGGUGCUUUGCGAUGUCAUGGAGAGCUCAUCUGAUGUUCAACGCGAGGGGUACGAGGAAGAUAUCAUCACUAUAGUCCGCAAUUGUCUCGUAGAUGACGAAGCGGUCGUUCGUUCAGCAGCGGCCAAGGCAUUUGAUGUUUUGCAAGAACAUCUGGGUGCUAAAGCUAUUGACCAAACUAUUCCGACAUUGUUGGAGGCACUCCGUCAACCUGGAGAGAGUUCGGGUACGGCUCUGCAAGCACUCAAGGAAGUUAUGUCGGUCCGCGCAUCAACUGUGUUCCCAGUUUUGAUCCCAACACUAAUCGCUACACCCAUGACGGUCUUCAAUGCUCGUGCACUGGCAUCCCUUGUCACGGUUGCUGGAAACGCACUGAGCAAACGUUUGACAAUCAUUCUUAGCGCUCUAGUUAAGGUCCUCGAAGAUGGGCAAGACGAAGAAGUGAAAGAUGCCGUAGAUGAAGCAUUGCGUGCUUUACUUGCGUCUAUCAGUGAUCCCGAAGGCUUGAAUACACUAAUGCUUCUUCUUCUUGGAUGGGCCAAACAUGACUUGCCCAAGCGGCGCAUCAGUGCCUGUGACCUAUUUUCUAUCUUCUGCGAAGAAACUGAGCUCGAUUCAUCAAUUUACCGCAUUGAUUGGAUACGGCAACUCGUGUCUCUUUUCGAAGAUUCCCAAGUUCCUGUCCACACGGCAGCUUGGCGUUCAUUCGAUAUUUUCGUGAAGUCGUUACCAAAGGACGAACUCGAGCCGCUCGUCGUGCCUCUUCGGCGCACCAUCGAAGGGACAGGCGCUCCUGGGCAUCAUGUGCCUGGCUUCAGUCUUCCUAAGGGUGUCGCGCCAACUGUACCUAUCAUCAUUGCCGGUCUCACGACAGGAAGCAACGAGCAACGUGAAAAUGCUGCCUAUGCAAUUGGCGACCUGGUCGAGCGUACGGAAGAGUCUGCUAUCAAGCCUUUCGUUGUUCCAUUCACUGGUCCACUCAUUCGUGUUGCGACGCAAGCAACGACGUACCCCCCUGGCGUAAAGACUGCCAUCUUGAGUGCACUGUCGUCUAUGCUUGAACGUAUCCCAGGCCACGUUAAACCAUUCUUUCCUCAAUUACAGAGGACGUUCGUGAAAUCUGUUGGUGACCCAUCCAGCGCUGUUGUGCGGACACGUGCAGCGGAAGCUUUAGGAAUGUUAAUGCGCAGUCAGCCAAGGGUAGACCCCGUGGUUGUGGAACUAGUGAGUGGCGCGAGAGCAAAUGAAGAGGAAGUAGCAGCGAGCUUUAUCCUGGCACUGUCGCAUGUGGCGCGAAGUGCAUCAUUACAUGCCGGGAUCGGAGAAAAGGCAAGAGACUUGUGUAUUGAGCUCGUCGGUGAAGCAUUUAGAGAGAGUCACGAUGACCACUAUAUACAGGCCACUGCGACGUUUAUCGCAUCUCUAUCCGCAUAUCCAGAUGCUCUCAAACCAUUAGUAAACGCAUACCUCGUUUCGGGCACCCCGGCAUCUGCAAUAUCAUCACAAACAAUACUCGCUGCUCUAACAUCAACUGAAUCCGAAGAUUACGUUGAUCCGAAAGACACCAUAUUUGCAAAACUCGGGGUCUUGCGUAGUAUUGCUGCUAAAGUGAAAGAAAGUGAUCGCACGCCCAGCACGAGAGGCGAGAGAAAUAUUAAAAGCCAUGGCGGCAGAUGGAGAGGAGAGCUUGGCAGGAAUUUUUUGAUGAUAUUAAACGACCUUACGCUUUCACGCACAAUAAGAAACAG